AGCAGAGAGGAUCUGUGUGAGCAGUCAUGGACGGGAGUCUGUUUGUGCUGCUGCUGCUGCUGUCAGGGCUCUUCUGGAGCAGUUCUGCUCUUUCUCGUCAGUACCACUAUAUAAAUUUGAGAAUGUCGUGGCCAGAGGCUCAGAGUUACUGCAGAGAGAAGUAUACUGACCUGGCUACUGUAGACACCAUGGAUGAUGUGAACAGGCUGGUAAAUAUAGUGGAUGCUGGAUACAGCGGAUCUGUGUGGAUUGGACUGAAGAGAGGGACACAGAAACGCUGGGCUUGGUCUAAUGGAGAAGAAAAAUUUUCUCCGUACUCUAACUGGGCUUCAGGAGAGCCAAAUGAGAAUGCAUCUUGUGCAGCUUAUUUUUUCGGGGUCUGGUAUGAUAUUGCAUGUAGCCAUGGACGAUAUUUUACAUGCUACAAGGGUGAGUUCCCUGUUCUUUUAAAUUUAUUGAGCAGUUUAACUGGGAAAGAAGAGCUAUAAACUGAUUCUUUUUUUCUCUCAUUAGAAAAUAAUGGAUACGUUAUGAUUCAAAGUGCUAAAAACUGGAGUGAUGCUCAGAGCUACUGCAGACAGUAUUACACAGAUCUGCCCUCCAUCCACAACUCUAAAGAAAAUAACCAGAUAACUCGGGUUGUGUUCUAUGGAUAUUACACCUGGUUUGGUCUGUUCCAGGACUCUUGGGAAUGGUCUGACAAAUGGAGCCGCUUCUUUAGAAACUGGGCAGCAGGUCAACCAUCCCAGAGUUCAGGAUCUGGUGACUGUGUCGGCAUGUCAAGGAAAGAUUCUGGGAAAUGGGCCCAUGAAAGCUGUGAUCUGGAGUAUCCUUUUAUCUGCCAUGGAUGGCGCAAAUACCAGUACCAGUUUAUAAAUGAAAGCAGGUCAUGGCAAGAUGCUCAGAGUUACUGCAGAGCGAGAUUCACUGAUCUGGCCACUGCUGACAACAUGAGCGACGCGAGAUUGCUGGUAAAUACAGUGGAUGCUGGAUACAGUGGUUCAGUAUGGAUAGGUCUCCACAAUGGAACAGAGUAUCGCUGGGUCUGGUCUAUAGGCACACAGUCCCAGUACAGUAUCUGGAAUCCAGGAGAACCAAAUGGUGAUGGAGAGUGUGUGAAUAGUUUUAAUGGAAACUGGUAUGAUGAGAGCUGCAGCACCGCUCUCCCAUUUGUGUGUUUCAAUGACAGCUCUGGUUUUAUUAUCAUUACGACUGCUAUGACAUGGAGAGAUGCUCAGAGUUACUGCAGACAACACCACACUGACUUGGCGAGUAUCAGCAGCGCAGAGCAGCAGAAUCUGAUCCGUAAUCAAGCAUCUCUCUGGAUUGGUCUGUUCCUGGACUCUUGGCAGUGGUCUGAUAGUGGGAAUCUCAGUUUCAGAUACUGGACAGAAGGUCAACCAUCCCAGAGUUCAGGAUCUGAGUGUGUCGGCAUGUCAAGAAUCAAUUCUGGGAAAUGGGCUCAUGAAAGCUGUGAUCUAAAGCGUCCUUUUAUCUGCCAUGGAGAUGACAAGUUGAUUAAAAAGCAGAUUGUCAAACUAAAAUUGUCCUGUAAUGGAAAAUGCACAUUGAAUGAUCCUUCCAUACAGACUGCCAUCCUGAAUGAGAUAAGUGAAAAGCUGAAGAGCAUGGGGCUGGAAAGUGACAGCAAAAUAAGCUGGAGAAAAGGAGAAGGUGGAGAGGUGUUUCAUCAGGAGAUCAACCGUAUUGCAGGUUCCAAUAAUAAAUGUAAUAAGAAGUAAUCUUUUAUUUAGGCCUUUAUAUCAAAAUUCAAAAUAGACUCAAAGAAUAUAGAGGGGUUUUUAUUUUUAGUAACAGUAGAUUGCUUUAAGGAAUUGUGAAGUACUUUUAGCAGAAUUAUCAGUUAUUUAAAGUGCCCCUAUUAUGCUAUUUUUUAGGUACCUGGAGGUCUCAUAAUAUACAUUGCACAUCACCACAUUUUUCAAUGAUUCUCAAACGACUCUGAUGAUUCCGUCUCUCUAAAUCCCACCUUUUCGCAAGCCUACUCUGCUCUGAUUGGCCAGAUGGCCCAGUCUGUUACGAUUGGUCUACUGCUUACAGCACGUGUUGGAAACAAAACGCUCAUUACCAGAACUGAACUUUAGCUCCGGAGGUUUUGCUCAGUUCUCAGCAAUUGACUAUAUGCACGUCCUUGUUGUCCUUUAGCCAGCUCAGGCAUUUCCGGUGAACUGUUAGCUGUUCAUUCUGUACUUGCUGUACAUUGACACAAAACCAUCAGUGAUGGGAAUAACGGCAUUAUAAAUAAACGGCGUUACUAACGGCAUUAUUUUUUUCAGUGUAAAGUAUAAAGUAAUCAAAUGAAUUACUUUUUCUCCCGUUACAACGCCAUUACCGUUACUGACCAAAAAUCCCACAUUACUAUAAUUGAGCUCACUGAAGCGGUUUUCAUCCGAGUAGACUCUCUCUCAGCCAUAGGA